UCGAACUAUGUUGUGGUUCAUGGGCCGAAAGAGCACAUUAUUUGACGUCUCAAUCUCCUUGUCAAUCAAGCGACAGCUCUAUCACUUACCUUGACCUAGACUAAGUGGCUGUUCUUGCCGCGGUGGCCGUAGGUUGUCGCAAGUGGAUCCAUGGCAAGUUCCACCUCACACCGCCUUUUCUGAUGACAGGCACAAUCAGUAUAUGUGCGCUCCUCCGCCCCCAGGCAGUUAUACGCUGCUCCUUCUCGUCCACCAUCAGACUGAGCGGCCGACAGACAAGGUGAUGAACAACUGGCUUGUCGCCGUCAUAGUUUCAACCGUCGUAGCGGGAGCCGCGAUCGUAGUGCUCGCCGUCGCGAUAUCCCGUCACCGUUCCCACCAGCUGUCAAAGGCGGCGUCACAGGACGCCCUCGACAAUGUAACUCACAACAAGCUGUCAGAAGCAGAGCUCGGACUCCGGCGCUCAUCCACGAUGGCCUCUUGGUCGCCGUCGCGAAUAACUCUGCUCACAUCCGAGAGCGGAAAGCGCCCUUCCCAUCAAGAAGUUGUCAAUCUUCCGAAUCCGUCAAAGCAAGGAGAGGACGCGUCUAUGCAUGAUCCAUCGUACCCAGCCAUCGGAAUCCCACUCAAGCCAAAUCGUCUCGAAGAUUUCUCUCAUGAGAAGCCGGGUUGGAUACACCAUGAGUCGGCCCUGAGGACAGGGACAUGCGACACUCCAUCUCACGAUGGAGCAGAGGGCAAUCGCGCGAAAGCAGCGAUACGGCCAUCUUUCAUCUCUCGCUUCAGACCCGCUCGCCGAGAGCCCGAUCGUGCCAGUGGUGCGUCUGUAUCGCAGAUAUCCUCGGACGCACAACGCCUUGCUCCUCCCCAGCCCCAACUUGAAUCGACCACGAUCUCGGAUCCGCCCAAAACUCCCCCGGUUCCCUCCCUCAUCACCAUCCCAGAAUUCCCCACGGCACCCUUGGCAUCACAAACUCAAAAGGAUAACUACGGUGACGACGAAGAGCUCGGAAUCAUGUCGUCGCAUUUCUCCUCUCCAUCCACCACGCCCACCACCCCGCGAGCGGAACACCCCAGCUGGUGGCCGGGCGUACUGCACGGCGCGUCUCCCUGGAGGUACAUAGUAAGGCUCGAGCCGAUGCGCUCGCCAUCUUUCAACACCGUAGAUCGGCCCAGAUUCUCCCCACUGGCGACUCUAUGCAUGCCGAGCGCCUUUCACUUGACGCCCGAAUAUGGAUAUCCCAGAAGCGGCGCUGCUCCCACGUCCGCGAAACCCUCUACGUAGUCGCUUUUGAGUCACCAUACAGCUCUAUCGACUAUCUCCUUGCCGUUGGACUUGCUGAAGACACGUUCUGUGGGCCAGUAUGAAACACCCAAACGCGUCAGUCUUUGGAUGAUAGCAGAUAAACUCUAAUUCCGCUAAGCUGCAUGUAUUACAUCGUUAGUCGUC